GUCCAACCAUCUUAUUUUUCCAAGAGAAUGCUGGAAGUAUCCUUUUCAUUGUACUCGAUUAUCUUUAACAUUUCUAGGAAGAUUUAGGUUCUAAUUUUUGUUUUCAAGUCCUUUAGUGGGUACAUAUUUGCCAUAAUUUUCCAUUUAUGAGAAUGAGAUCCAAUUACCUUGAGCAGCCUUAACUACUGAUCUGCAGAUAUUGCUCACCGUCUUCAAAUGGUUCACAUAAUAUUGCAGAGGUUGCAGUGCAAUGUCUUCAUGCUUUCAUAUCGAGGCUAUGGAGCAAGUGACGGUUAUCCUUCUCAGCAUGGAAUUACCAAGGAUGCCCAGGCUGCAUUGGAUCAUCUCUCUCAGCGAACUGACAUUGACACGUCUAGAAUAAUUGUGUUUGGAAGGUCACUUGGGGGUGCUGUUGGGUCUGUGCUGACCAAAAACAAUCCUGAUAAGGUAGCAGCAUUGAUUCUAGAAAACACUUUCACAUCUAUUCUGGACAUGGCUGGAGUUCUGUUGCCUUUCCUGAAGUGGUUUAUUGGAGGCCCUGGGUCGAAAGGUCCUAAAAUUCUGAAUUUUCUCGUUCGCUCUCCAUGGAGUACCAUUGCCAUUGUUGGCCAGAUUGAGCAGCCAAUUCUUUUUCUGUCUGGAUUACAAGACGAGAUGGUUCCCCCAUCACACAUGCAAAU